ACCAAGCAAUCGGAAAACCGCUGACUGCGCCCCUGUCGACGUGAAAAGGGGUCGGCCCACUUGGUGAGAAGCAACGCCCCCGGUCCAAAUUCCCACGAUCAUGUAUCCCUGGAGCUCGUCCUCUUACGGUGGUCAGGUGUCCAGUGCCGCCAACGCACGGACCAUGCCGAAUGGUUUGGAUGACCAGGAGAAGCUGCUGGCCGAGGCCAUUGGAGCGGCGAGGAAGCAGGCCUUCCAGAUGAACCACUUUCUGGACAAGGAGCGCAUGCUGGACUCACUCAAGUGCGCCAGCACCAUGCUGAGCGAACUGAGAACCUCCCUCCUCUCCCCCAAGAGCUACUAUGAGUUGUACAUGGCCGUCACCAAUGAGCUCUGCCACCUGGAGCUGUAUCUCAGCGAGAAGAGCGACAAGAAGACGGAUCUUUACGAACUGGUCCAGUAUUCGCACACCAUUGUGCCACGCCUGUAUCUCCUCAUCACGGUGGGCAUUGUGUACAUCAAGAACGACUCUACGCUGAAGCGCAGCAUUCUCAAGGAUCUUGUGGAGAUGUGCCGUGGUGUCCAGCAUCCACUGAGGGGCCUCUUCCUGCGCAACUACCUGCUGCAGUGCACCCGCAACAUCCUGCCCGACGUGAUGGUGGCGGAGAACGAACACGAGGGCAACGUGUACGAUGCCAUCGAUUUUGUGUUAACUAACUUCGCCGAGAUGAACAAGCUUUGGGUGCGCAUGCAGCACCAGGGACACUCCAGCGAAAAGACGCGUCGUGAGAAGGAACGCGAGGAGUUGAAGAUCCUGGUUGGUACCAAUCUGGUGCGUCUGUCGCAGCUGGAGUCGGCCACGCUGGAGACCUACCAGCGGCUCAUUCUGCCAGGCAUUCUGGAGCAGGUGGUUAGCUGUCGGGAUGCCAUUGCCCAGGAGUACCUCAUGGAGUGCAUCAUCCAGGUGUUUCCCGAUGAAUUCCAUUUGCAGACUCUCGAUCCCUUCCUGAAGUCCUGCGCUCAGCUGGAGACCGGUGUGAAUGUUAAGAACAUCAUUAUAUCGCUAAUUGAACGACUCGCUGCCUAUAACCAACGAAGCGGCAAGACCAGUGGCAACGCCAUCGAUGCCAUUAUACCCGCCGAGGUGGAGCUGUUUGAGGUGUUCAGUGUCCAAGUAGCCAACAUUGUGCAGACCCGAAUGGAUAUGCCACUGGAGGACACCAUUUCGCUGCAGGUUGCGCUGCUCAGCCUGGCCCAGAAAGUGUAUCCCGAUCGCGUUGACUAUGUGGACAAGGUGCUGGGCACUACCGCACAAAUUCUGCAGCGCAUGAACAUGAACAACAUCUCGCAUCUGUUGUCCGUGAACCAGGAGCUCUCCCGCCUGUUGCGCAUUUGCAUCGACUUCUACAACAAUGCCUUGACCAUCAUUCAACUGCACAACUUCUGUCCACUGCUCGAAAAGUUUGACUACACCUCCCGAAAAUCACUGGCUCUUUACCUAGUUAUGAAUAUUCUGGACAACGAAACCCUGGUUCCCACGGCCGAUCAAGCGGACAGUCUGCUGACCAUCAUCACGCCGUUGAUCAAGGACGACGACACGAACAAGGACAACGCAGCGGCAGCAGGACACACAAGUCCGGAUGCUGAGGAGUUUGCUGAGGAACAGGGAGUUGUAGCUCGAUUCAUUCACCUGAUGCGCUCCGACGAGCCCGACAUGCAGUACAAAAUGCUGCAGACGGCCCGCAAACAUCUGGGCAAUGGUGGAGGUCAGCGUCUGAAGCACGUUCUGCCACCUCUCGUCUUUGCCGCCUACCAGCUGGCCUUCAAGUACAAGGCCAUCGCCGAGCAGGAUGAGAACUGGGACAAGAAGUGCCAGAAGAUCGUGCAGUAUUGCCACAGCACAAUUAGUGCGCUGGCCAAGGCUGAUCUCGCUGACUUGGCCCUGCGUUUGUAUCUGCAGGGUGCAUUGGUCAUCGGAGAGAUUGGCUACACGAACCACGAAACGGUGGCGUACGAGUUCAUGACCCAGGCAUUCUCCCUCUAUGAAGACGAGAUUUCCGACUCCAAGGCCCAGCUCGCAGCUAUAACGCUUAUUAUGUCCACGUUCGAACAGAUGUCCUGCUUCGGAGAGGAAAACGCCGAGCCACUUAGAACGAAUUGUGCGCUGGCCGCUUCCAAGUUGCUGAAAAAGCCGGAUCAAUGCCGCGGUGUGGUGGCUUGUGCGGCACUCUUCUGGAGCGGAAAGCAAAAUGGUGAGGAAAUGCGCGAUGAGAAGCGAACCCUGGAUUGUCUGAAGAAGGGCGCUCGCAUUGCCUCGCAGUGCUUGGAUACCGGCGUGCAGGUUCAACUGUAUGUGGAGCUGCUGAAUCACUAUCUCUUCUACUUCGAGCGUGGCAAUUCCCUCAUCACCGUAGCCAUGCUCAACCAGUUGAUUGCCAAGGUAAACGAGGAAUUGCCCAACCUGGAGCCCAGCGAGGAGACCAAACAGAUCGAGAGCCACUACAAGAACACGCUGGCGCACAUACGCAGUCGCAUGGAGUCCAACGAUUCGACGUUGGAGGUUUCCUUUGCGGGCAUCACCCUCAAUUAGCCCAGCCCACCCACUUCGGACAACUCCGGCAAGCAUCGAAGAGCUGAAAGCCUGAAGGUCGAUCGGCUAGGCGUGUUUUUGUACUGCUACUAGUUAUCAGCUUGCCCGUAGGCCGUUCGGUUAAUUCGAAGCUCGGCGAGAGUAUCAAAAUUGCUUGUGUGAGAAAUGAAAUUCCAUGGUUAGGAAAGUUGUGGGCCUUCGACCAACUUUUGUUUUGUCAAUUUAAUUUCGAUCGUAAUCGUAAGUGCAAAGUAAAAACAUUCUUGAUUAUUUUCCUGAUUUAUUUAGUAUGAUAGCUAUGCGUAAAUAACACCCAACAGAGGAUUUUUACUUUACUACUCUAUUUAAUCCCCCUACCCAUACCCCUACCCUAAAAGAUAAUGUGAAAAUAUUGUUAAACAAAAAUUAUACAACCUACAUACGAUUAUCGAAUUGGUUCACGAAUCGCCACGCGCUACGUAUAAAUAUGUAUUACAAAUAAAGUUAAGAUCAAAGUGUUUCCGCGAACCACUUGUGUGGCCUCAACUAAAGUGAAUCAAAACUCGUCAUCGGUAAACAUGUAAAGUAAAUCGUUUAUUAAAAUAUAUAAGACGCCUAAGUUCCGUCGGUCUAUCAAUCA